AUGCAGGCUUUUCUAAAAGGCACAUCUGUCAGUACUAAACCACCACCGAAGGAUCGAGUAGCUGCCACAGCUGGAAGCAGUGGAGAGAACAAGAAAGCCAAACCUGUUCCGUGGGUGGAAAAAUAUCGCCCAAAAUGUGUGGAUGAAGUCGCUUUCCAGGAAGAAGUGGUUGCAGUACUGAAAAAGUCUUUAGAAGGAGCUGAUCUCCCUAAUCUCUUGUUUUAUGGGCCACCUGGAACUGGAAAAACAUCCACUAUUCUGGCAGCAGCUAGAGAGCUUUUUGGGCCUGAGUUGUUUCGAUUGAGAGUUCUUGAAUUAAAUGCAUCUGAUGAACGUGGAAUACAGGUUGUUAGAGAAAAAGUGAAGAAUUUUGCUCAAUUAACUGUGUCAGGAAGUCGUUCAGAUGGGAAGCCAUGUCCACCUUUUAAGAUUGUGAUUCUGGAUGAAGCAGAUUCUAUGACCUCGGCUGCUCAGGCAGCUUUACGACGUACUAUGGAGAAGGAGUCUAAAACCACCCGAUUCUGUCUCAUCUGUAAUUAUGUCAGUCGAAUAAUUGAACCUCUGACCUCUAGAUGUUCUAAAUUCCGCUUCAAACCACUGUCAGAUAAAAUUCAACAGCAGCGAUUACUAGACAUUGCUGAUAAAGAACAUGUCAAAAUUAGCAAUGAGGGAAUAGCUUAUCUUGUUAAAGUGUCAGAAGGAGACUUAAGAAAAGCUAUUACAUUUCUUCAAAGUGCUACUCGAUUAACAGGUGGAAAGGAGAUCACAGAGAAGGUGAUCACAGACAUUGCUGGGGUAAUACCAGCUGAGACCAUCGAUGGACUAUUUGCUGCAUGUCAGAGUGGCUCUUUUGACAAACUAGAAGGUGUGGUAAAAAAUUUAAUAGAUGAGGGCCAUGCAGCCACUCAGCUUGUAAAUCAACUUCAUGAUGUGGUUGUAGAAAACGAUAACCUUUCCGACAAACAGAAAUCCAUCAUCACAGAAAAACUUGCUGAAGUAGACAAGUGCUUAGCGGAUGGUGCUGACGAACAUCUACAACUGAUCAGCCUCUGUGCUACUGUGAUGCAGCAGUUAACUCAGAAUUGCUGAAAUGUUCGUAAGAUGUUUAAAACUUACACAAAUAAAAUAACCAAAACACC